AUGACGCCUUCCCCCAAGCCCCAGCCCAAGCCUAAAGCACCGACCUCUUCCAUCGCUUCCACCUCGUCGUGCUCGUCGUCGACCUCCAACGCUUCAACCUCAAUCCCGCACAUCAUCCAAGCGACCUUGAACCAAUGUCAAACCAUUUCAACCCUAGUGACCGCUCAACUCGAACCGAGCGAAAGCACGUACUCGAACGCGAAGGGAACCUCAACCCCUACUCAUACAACCCCUUCGUUCACUCUGUUGAAAGCGAUUCGUUCCGACCACCUCGUCCUCGCUCAACAAAUCCAUUCAGCAGUGACGAGUAUAGCGUUGGGGUUCAAACCACCUAUCUCGACGGGUAAUGGGUUCGAGAGCGUGUUUGAGCAAUUGAGAGGCGUCGUUGCGAAAGUCGAAUUUGGCGUCGGGGAGUUGGGCAAGUUCGGUCGGGACGCUGGGAGGCGGAGGAGGGGUGGGGGAUGUUUGGAGAGGGAAUUGAGGUGGGUUAUUUUCCUAUGGAAGGGUGCGGUCGGGGGAGAUGGGAGGUGGCGGAGGCAGGAGUGCGACGGCGGAGGAGCGAAAAUGUUGAUCAACCCCACCCGUUUCUUUUAUCCGUAACUCGCGCGCAGACUUAGCACCCAAGACCUGAUCGAGGUCACUCAAGCAUUCCUCAAUACCUCUUUACAAGUAUACAACACCCCCACUGCAACGCCGUCCAAAGCCCAGACGCCGUCUACGCAAGAGUCCAAACUGCGCGACCAACUCUUACUGCAUACGUCCCUCGUUUGGGCCGCGGUGGAGAGGAGCAAGUUGAUUUCCGAGAACGAAUUGCGCGCUUUGAAUACGAGAUGGAAGGGGGUGGUGGAGGUGUUGGAGGAUUGUUUGGAGGAGGUCAAGGGGUUGGAGAGUGCGCAAGUGGGGCAGGACGGGGAGGCGGAGGACGGUGAGCAGGACGAGGAUGAUUAUCGCACGAGUCACCCUUUGGACGAGCAGGAGAAGAAGACGGCCAAAGCGUGUUUGAUGUUGUUGAGGAUCGGGAACUUGGUCGUCAAACGGGUUAUUGGGGUGACGGGUUUGGCUGCUGGGAAGGAGGCAGAAGAAGAAAAAGAAGAAGGAAAGGGGUUUCAUUCCGAUGCGUUUCAAGACAAGGCGGACGAACAGAUCGAAGCCAUCUCUGAAGCGGCGGACGAAGUGGCCAGUUGUUUGGAACCGCCACAUGAUAAGGAAGAAUUAGGGGAAGCGGUGGGUGGGUUUGUAGGGCACGUCGAGGCGUUGAUCGAAAGCGUUUUGGAGGCGUGUUGGGAAGGCGAAGGGGACGCCGAGGACAAGGAGUUGUUGUGGUUCAAUAUGGGCAAGGUGCAGCUUAGGGGGGCGGAAAAGAAGGUCAGGGAGAUGUUGGUGAUGUGA